AUGUCUAAUUAUUCUUGCUAAUUUUGCUACAAAAGAACAACUCUAGGAUAUAUUAAAAACUAUUUCCCUUGCGAAAUCAAUUUACAUAAAAUGAUUAGACACACUCUCUAUCAUAAAUAUGCAACAUCAUAAAAUUAUUAUUAUACCAAAGACAUUAAUGAAAUAUUAUCCAAAACUUCUACUGCCAGAACUAUUCUGUAUAAUGUAAAACAUUCAAAUAUAUCAUAAGGAUUAUCUAUGUUAUGAUGAAGAAGAUGAAUAUAUUAAAAGAUUUUAUGAAAUCCACGAAUAUCCUCCAAAAUCAAAACUGCUUACAGAAUUCUAUAAAUUUCAUAAAGAUUUACCAAGAUGGGUCUUAAAACAAACCAUACUAAAAAUUCUCAAUUAUUAUUAUGAUAAAAGAAGAAAAAUUGAAUUUUACAAAAUUUAAAGAUAAAUUGAAAUUGAAAAUUAAAUGAACCCAACUGAUCCACCUAAAGGUAUUGUAGGUGAUAAACCUUUACUAAGUGAUUCAACACCUUAAUCUGAGAAUUCUGAACCAUAAUCUAAAGUUAAUGUAGAUAACAUUCUUAAAGAAAUCAGUUUUUCUAAUAAGAAACCUUAACCCUCUUCAGAAAUCAGUCGUAUAUUAUAAGUCCCUGAAUCUCCUCCUAUUGGUGAAAUACAAUAAAUGAUAAGUUUAUUAAAUCUAAAAUCAGAUUCUCCAAAUCAAAAAUAAUAAUAUUAAUGGUUUAAAAAGAAAAAAAAUCAAAGCAAAAAAUCACUAAAAUUAGAUGAACUUGCUUUAUCUUUAUCUGCUAGAACCCAUUAAAAUCCUUAAGAAGCAAAAAUGCCAUUAUCAGCCAGAUAUUAAUAAUCUUAUUCCAAUAGAUUAAUAGAUUAAAGUAAUUUAUGUAAAUAUAUUUAGUUUAAUCUAAAUUAUACAAUAAACAUUCUUAAACCAUCUCAAGAGAUAAAAUUUUAGAUUUUAAAUAAAAUAAGGAAUAAUUCAUGUAAUAAAUAUAUAUAUUACUGCAAUAGUAAAAAAUUCAAAUUAGAAGAUAAGAAUAAAAAAAGUAAUUCACCAAAAAAAAGUGAUUAAAACAAAGCAAUUCAAGAAAUCAAAUAACUUGAAUUGAAAAUAAUUAAAAGUCUUUAAGAAAUGAAGAAUAUCAAAAGUAAUAAUUUAUCAAAUCAUGAAUCGAAAUAAAUACCCUCUUAAAACCAAAAUAAUAAUAAUUAAGUACUCUCUUUGGAUUAAAAAGCUUUAUAUUAAAUACUUAAAAUUCCUGAUUCGUUUAGACAAUUAAAUUUUAACAAACUUUAAAAUAAAACAAAUUCAAAAAGAUCUCAAGAUUAGAAUUAACGUUAACAAAAAAAUAAUAAUAAUUCUUCACAACAUUAAAAACAAGUAUAAAUAUUGGAUAUGAAAAAAUUAAUAUCCAAUAAAAAAGAUAUAGCUCCAAAAACAGAAAGAGUAAAAAAGACAAUACCUUCUCUAAACUUAAAUCUUAUUGGAGCUAUAAAUUAAUCUACUUCAAUGACAACUAGAAACAAUAGCUUUACUCCUAGUUUAGCUUAUGCUUAAUUAUUAACACCAAAAUAAAAUUAAACAAAUAUAUAUAAUGAAAAUAUCAUUAAUAAUUGGCAAUAAUAAAAUACUCUAAAUAUUGCAAUUAGAGAAAACAAUAUAUAAAAAUGA